CUCCGAGCAGAGCGGGAGCGCGCCCCGCCUGAGGUAAAAUGGCGGGCAAGAGCCUGAGGGGCUCCCAGCUCCACACAACCAAGAACCAACCUUGCUGCGGCUGCGUGAGCGCCGGGAAAGACGAAAUGAACUGAAAGAACGAAGCGGGGGAAAAACAUCCAAAACCAAACCAAAGGCACGGAAUGCAGAGAGCAUUUCGCUGCCCCGGCCGCCAGCUGCCGGCAGUGACAGCUCCCCCGCCCGGCAGCCCGUCGCCCAGCAGGGCCCGGCCCGUGACUCGGCUGUUUCUCUGGUUCCUCCUCUCCCUCCUUCCUGCCGGGGGCCGGCCGCAGGAAGGGGCGGGCGGCAGCGCGCAGGGAGCAGCCGACGCACAAGAUGGCCGCUGCUGCAGCGGCGGCGGAUGGGGUAGCGGCGGGGCGGUGGGAGGCGGCGGGGGGAGCCCGGAGCCGGCGGGUGCAGGAGGCGGAGGGCGCCGCGGCCGCCCCCGUGUGUCGCAGCUGAGGGGGCCGGAGGCUGCAGCCGGGAGUCCGGCCCGUGUGGUUAUGUUUCACACUAUGUGCUGACUGUCUGUACUUACAGAAGAUAUUUAAAAGCAAACAGACUUUUUUUUCGAAGAUUUUGAUUCCAGUGGAAUCUGCUUUAGAUUUUUGUCUCGUCAAUUAACUCCUGAAACAAUGCCUGUACAAGCUCCGCAGUGGACGGAUUUUCUCUCCUGUCCUAUUUGCACACAGACUUUUGAUGAAACGAUCCGGAAGCCCAUCAGCUUGGGUUGUGGCCACACUGUCUGCAAGAUGUGCCUCAACAAGCUCCACCGUAAGGCGUGCCCUUUUGACCAGACCACUAUCAACACAGAUAUUGAACUUCUUCCUGUGAACUCAGCUUUACUGCAGCUAGUGGGUGCUCAGGUUCCUGAGCAGCAGCCAAUUACUAUAUGUAGUGGAGCUGAAGAUACCAAGCAUUACGAGGAGAGCAAAAAAUGCGUGGAAGAAUUAGCAUUGUACCUCAAACCACUCAGCAGCGCAAGAGGUGUGGGUCUGAACAGUACUACUCAGAGUGUCCUGAGUCGUCCUAUGCAAAGGAAGCUUGUGACGCUGGUUCACUGCCAGCUAGUGGAGGAAGAAGGACGGAUCAGAGCCAUGCGUGCGGCACGGUCACUUGGUGAAAGAACAGUCACAGAGCUCAUUCUUCAGCAUCAAAAUCCUCAGCAGCUCUCUUCCAACCUCUGGGCUGCAGUGAGAGCCAGAGGGUGCCAGUUCCUUGGACCAGCUAUGCAAGAAGAGGCUUUAAAGCUGGUUCUGCUGGCUCUGGAAGAUGGAUCUGCCUUGUCACGAAAGGUCUUGGUUCUGUUUGUGGUUCAGAGGCUGGAGCCACGAUUUCCUCAGGCUUCUAAAACUAGCAUUGGGCAUGUUGUCCAGCUUCUUUACAGAGCCUCGUGCUUCAAGGUGACGAAGCGCGAUGAAGAUUCCUCCCUGAUGCAACUGAAGGAGGAAUUUCGUACUUAUGAAGCUCUGAGAAGGGAACAUGAUUCCCAGAUUGUUCAAAUUGCUAUGGAAGCAGGUUUACGCAUUGCACCAGAUCAGUGGUCCUCGCUGUUGUAUGGAGACCAGUCUCAUAAAUCCCACAUGCAGUCUAUCAUUGACAAGUUGCAGACCCCAGCCUCGUUUGCGCAGAGUGUUCAGGAAUUAACUAUUGCUCUUCAGAGGACUGGAGAUCCAGCUAACCUGAAUCGUCUUCGACCUCACCUUGAGCUCCUGGCAAAUAUUGAUCCCAGCCCAGAUGCUCCACCUCCAACAUGGGAACAACUGGAAAAUGGGCUUGUUGCUGUAAGGACUGUGGUUCACGGCUUAGUUGAUUAUAUCCAGAAUCACAGCAAGAAAGGAACGGAUCAGCAACAGCCUCCUCAGCACAGCAAAUACAAGACAUACAUGUGCCGAGACAUGAAACAGAGAGGAGGAUGCCCCCGAGGGGCCAGCUGCACCUUUGCACAUUCACAGGAGGAGCUAGAAAAAUUUCGUAAAAUGAACAAGCGUCUGGUUCCAAGAAGACCUCUGAGUGCCUCCCUGGGCCAACUGAAUGAGGUGGGCCUGCCUUCAGGAGCUAUCCUCUCGGAUGAAGGGGGAGUGGACUUGCCCAAUAGGAAAACCUCUGCUCUGCCAAAUGGAAUUGUGUCAACAGGCAGCACAGUGACACAACUUAUUCCUCGAGGGACGACUGACUCCAGUUACGAAGCUGCUCUGAAACCAGGGAAGAUGGACCAUCUGAGUAGCAGUGCCCCUGGAUCCCCUCCUGACUUGCUGGAACCUGUCUCCAAGAGCUCUAUUUCUGCCUUACCAGUGAACCCUCAUCCUGUGCCUGCUCGGGCACCAACAGAUCUGCCUUCAGUGUCUGUCACAAAACAGUUGCAAAUGGUACCUCGUGGAUCUCAGUUGUAUAAUACUCAGCAAGCAGAUAUCUUUUAUCAAGAUCAUAGGGGAGCUGCCCCACCAUUUGAGCCAGCACCCUACCAGCAAGGAGUUUACUAUCCUCAAACCAUGUCUCGCUUUGUGCGACCUCCUCCAUCAGCUCCAGAACCUGGUCCACCUUAUUUAGACCAUUACGCUCCCUACCUUCAGGAUCGUGUGGUGAGCCCCCAGUACACACAGCCUCAGCAAUAUCCUCCGAUGGGACAACCCAUAUAUCCCCCGCACUACGACAGCCGCCGUGUGUACCCCCCUGUCCAGCCAUAUCAGCGAGAGGAGAUGGUCCGAGGAAGCCCUGUACCCAUUGAAAUUCCACAAGCAGCUGUACCCUCCUACGUACCUGAAUCCAGGGACAGAUACCCACAAACAGAGAGUUAUUGCCCAGUGGCUCCCCAUCUCAGUCAGAUCAGACCUUCCUGCCACCGGCCUCACCCCAGCCUGGAUGAACUUCACCGACGAAGGAAAGAGAUCAUGGCACAGUUAGAGGAGAGGAAGGUUAUUUCCCCACCUCCUUUUGCACCUUCUCCAACCUUGCCUCAUCCUUUUCAUUCAGAGGAGAUCUUUGUUUUUGUACAGUACUUAGAUGAAGACCUGAAGGUAGCUGGGAAAUACAAAGGAAAUGACUACAGCCAGUACUCUCCCUGGUCCUGUGACACCAUCGGCUCCUACAUUGGAACCAAAGAUGCAAAACCCAAAGAUGUCGUGGCAGCAAGGAGUGUGGAGAUGGCGAACGUGGAUAGUAAAGCCAUGCGUGACCAACGAUUAGACAUGCAGAGAAGAGCAGCAGAGGCUGGUGAUGAUGACCUCAUUCCGUUUGGAGACCGACCAACUGUGUCGAGAUUUGGGGCCAUCUCUCGUACUUCCAAAGCGAUGUACCAGAAUUCUGGUCCCAUUCAGGCCAUGGCGGUUCAGGGAGCUUCCACCAAAUCAAUCAUUUCAGACUACAGUCCUUAUGGAACUCAUGGAGGCUGGGGAGGCUCUCCAUAUUCUCCCCAUCAAAAUAUACCUUCUCAGGGACGUUUCAAUGACAGGGAGAGACUGUCCAUGUCAGAUGUGGCUGGUCAUGGAAAACAGUUGCCCUCAGCUGAGCGAGAGCAACAGCUGCGCAUGGAGCUGCAGCAAGUGGACCAUCAGAUCAGCCAGCAGACACAAAUGAGAGGACUAGAGGCUGUUAGUAACAGGCUGCUGUUGCAGAGGGAGGCGACUACCCUGGCAGGCCAACCACAGCCCCCACCCCCACCUCCCAAGUGGCCUGGGAUGAUCUCAAGUGAACAGCUGAGCUUGGAGCUACACCAGGUGGAAAGGGAAAUUGGGAAGAGAACCCGGGAGCUGAGCAUGGAAAGCCAGUCUUCACUGGAUAUUAAAAACAAACUGGGCACCACUAAACAGACAGAAAAUGGACAAUUAGAACCACAAAGCAAGGUUCCAGCUGAGGACCUCGCACUGGCAUUCAGCAGCGAUGUUCCAAAUGGAUCAGCCUUGACACAAGAAAACAUCAGCCUCCUGUCAAACAAGGCAGCAUCUCUCAGCCUGUCCGAGGACCCGGAGGGAGGAGGAGACAACCAAGACUCCCAGAGAAUGGGUGUUACACCCACAUCUGCUCCAUGAAGUGAGGCCAGCGUACCCCAGAAUUCCUUUUGCUGGGGCAUUGGCAGCUUCCAUCACGUUUUAUUCCAGGAGUGAUUGGAGAAACCCAGGAGCAACAGCCGUAGCAGAGCAGCAGGUCCAGAGGCAAUGUGCACAAACACAAAUACUAGAAACAAAUCCUGCACAUAGUUCACAUUAACGCAUUUUUUAAUUAAAAAAAAAUAUGAAAAUUAGCAGUAUCUGCAAGCAAUUCAAAUUAAAUUUGUUUUUGUUCUGUGAAUGAACUUUAUUUUAAUAACUUCGGACGCCUUGGGUCCCAGGGCUUAAAAAAAAAAGAUAUUAUAUAUAUACUCUGUUUGAUUAAUUGUAUGAUCUUAAUGAAGUAGGUUUUUUCUUUUUUUUUUUUUUUUUUUGUAUUAUUACAUACCCAGUGCAUAAUUCCUUAUCACUUUAAUUUCUCGACAAAUAAAAACAACCUAGUCAUUUCCUUUGUAUGAUCUAAAAGUAAACGAGGAAUGAGGGCAGUAGAGUAGCUCUGAAUUGCAGUGUCAGAAGAUGUGCAGCAAAUUGAAUUCGUAGAACAAUUUCUCCCCUUGUUUGUAGGAGCUGAUUCCAGCUUGUGCAGACAGAUAUACUUCAGCAUGGGUGUUUCUGAAGCUGUUCAGCUGAGUCUCAUGGUAGAGAGGCUGAGUUAACAAGUGAAGGUUGUGCAGCUUUAGUGAGGCAAGGUCUCUAGAAACAGCAAGCAGGGAGAAUAUAAGGCUGGGCAGUUGCCGGAAGGAUUAUCAUCUGUUAACUACAGAUGAACUGUUGGUCUGUAUUUGGUCACCCAGUGCUAGGUUAUUUUUUAGGUUGGUUGUUUUUCCCCCACUCAUACGCUUUUAAAAUAAGCCUGAAGUGUGUACAGUGAGGUUAAUGCAGCGGGACUCACUGACCUCUCUGCUUUCUGAAACAGAUCUUGUGUGCACCUCCCUCUCAGCAGUUCUUGCCUUUGUUAUUCCCUCAUUGUUAUUUUAUUAUCAAACAUAAAAUAAUUUCUUCUACGACCUGAUUAUUUUUUGCUGUUCAGUGGCACAUCGGAUGUUUAAUUGUGUUGCUGUUUUGCCUGCCUUUCACUGACAGAGUUGGUCAUCUUUGGUUUGCACACACCAGCAGCGGUAGUCUCUCAAAAACAGAGGAGAAUUGUUUUUUCUCUCUUAAAGUUCCCAUUGCUUAGGGUCUGUGUGUCACACAUCUCAGAAUCAAUUUGCAGUUUGCCUGUCUCUGCUGCACUGAAUCCUUCCCAGUUGCAUAUUUUAUAGGAGAAAAGCUGCAUCAAAAGUUCCAUGUCAGGUGCAGUAUUGAUCCUAUCAGUUAUGGUGGAAAGUAAAUUUGGUUUGAGAGACCUGGUGUGCUACUUCUUCUACUAGAUGCUUUGUAAGCAUGAGCUGGAGGGGAGCCAUAAGCAUCUCUAGAUCUGUUUUCUUUAAAGAAACAAGGGACUUGUUCUUGCUGCACAUUUUUUGACCUUAUUGGCAUGCACUGUGGUGACACCCUGCAUAUGAAGAACUCUAUGGAGGUUGAUUUUUUAAGUGCUGCUCCCUCUGCACCUUCUUGGCCUGUUCUCGUUUUUUUUCUUUCUGGGUUAGACUACUAAAUCAGAAAGCACUGGUUAUGUAAUAAAUUACUGCAUUGCUUUGGUUGGGUAAAGCAAGAGUUAAUAAUUUUCUUGUUUGUUUGUUUGUUUUUUCCUUAACCUUAACUCCUGCUGAGGUCAUAGCAACCUUGGGCUAAGCUUUGCAUUCAUCAUACUGUUAAAUAAAACAAAAUAUGGGGGGUGGGAGGGGAUACAGUCCCACUAUUGCCUACCAGUAGGAGAGUCCAAACAGAAGACUCUUUUGAGUAGCAAUUAUUUAAUUUGCCCAGUCAAGGCACCGCGUUUGUAUACUAUUUCACAUUGAAUUUGAUUAUGCCCUACAGACCUGGCUGGUCAAGGAUUUGAUACACAUAUUGGCUUGGGAUUCGAGCUUUCUUUUUUAUUUAAAUAAAAAUUUAUAUAUAAAUAUAUAUAUAUACAUAUAUACAUAGUUAUAUCUGUAUAUAUAUUGGGUAUGUUUUAAGAAUUUUUUCGCAUGAGCGCAGCUGUUGUGAUCAGAUAUCUGGGAGGUAGAAGCACUGAGUGAAAAUAAAGGCAUUUCUCAGCAUGCACCCACGUUCUCCAUAUCUUCACGCAUAUUUAUUUUGCUCUUAGUUGAGCUUUAGCCUCUUUAACUGCCAGCAGUAGUUUUAAAGCAUGCUUUUAUUUUUUUAAACCCCUCUUAACUUUUGGUAAAGAUCCAUCUUGGCACUUUGACUUUGCCAGCCCCCAUCCAUCCACAUCUCCUACUUCAAGCCUAGCAGCAUUUUCUUAGCAUAGAGCAGAGAGAGGCUGAUGCAGUUUAGAGCCUGGUAGGUCUGUUCCUCCCUUCUCUGCUCUGAGCAUGGUGAGGAGCUGCAUGUUUCCUGGCUGUGUGCUUGGCAUCCAGCUGACACAGCACGGCGCUGUGUCCUUCCGUUCCCAAGCGCAGAGCUCCACCAUCAGGUCAGCCUGCUCUUCCUUGGUUUUAAUUAGUGUACUUCUUCCUUCCGUGUCUUUAUCAACACAGGGAGCUUGCUUUUGUUGAGAUAAUUAGUGCAAUAUUCUCACCCAGGAGGACAAGCCCAGAAGGUAUCUUUUGUUUACUGCAAUAAUUUUAAUGUGAACUGAAUGUUCAGGAACGGUUAUGACAUGUUUGGAACUACAGUUUCCUUUUCAACACUAGUAAGAAAAUCUGGAGGAGCAGAGAACUUUCUUUUACCUUUUAUUCCUUGUGCCAGCUAGUUGCUUUUCCACAUUAGGAAUUACUCUUUGUCUUCUCUUUGCUUUUGCUCCUUGGAGGUAUCCCGUUAGCAGUAAAUCUUUCAGGUCACCUCUGCUGGCCUACAUUCAGCAAAUGCUUCCAAAACGUGGAUUAGAAGGGAGGCCUUACUGUUGUUACUUCUCCUGUGUCCAGCUCUCCGUGCUGUACUUUGUGCGUAGUGUCCUUGUUGUGAUCAGUGUGUCCAGGUGAAUGGCCUCUUUGCCCAGUAUUAUAGUUUGGCUUGUUAAAUAGUUUGUUUAAUAUCUACCAGCAAUAUUGAUUUCUGUUAUUUCCCCCCUCCUCUUGCCCCUUUCCUUGUUUCUCUGGAAAAGCUUGGUUGAUGAAACAGUCGAACAGCAAUGUGUAGUGCAUGCUUUUAAUUCUUUCUGAAGGCUGCACCUGAAAUUUUCACUUCUUAUGGAAAAAAAAACCUGGGAGAGCAGGUAGUUGUACAUACAGUGGAGACACUGGCAGUUACAUAUGUAACCAGAGAGUGAAAUUUCUUGGAACAACUCUAUACCCCAUCAUGGCCCCAGUUGUACAGGAAUACUGUCCCACCUCCGUGAAGCUGGUCUCAUUUGUAAAGCAGUUUAGUCCUCCUACUUAAAGCAAGAAUAAGCAGUAUUACAAUGGUGUUAAGAGCACCAUUUCAUAGGUAGGUCGGAUUUUCUCCUGCAGUAGAUGCCUUUGGACAGUCGUCGAUACCCAGGUUUCAGCUCCAGCCUGGACAACCUUCCCUUCCCCGCAAAAAAUGGGAAGCUUCAGUUGGCAGGUUAAGCUUCAGCAUGUCAGUGAUUCAGCUAGUGUAGAAGUAACAUCAUUUUCCUUCUUCUCUUGUAAACAUCACUGCAUCUUCUCCUAUGCCCUAGUUCGCUAUAUAGGAAAAAUCUAUACUUUUUUUCUGUUCCUUUUGUAUGUUAUUGUAUCCUGUCCCAUGUUAGAAUAGCACUUUUUUUUCUUAAUAUCAGAGCACCUUUCAAAACUUGGAAUACUGUUGUCCCCUUUCUUUCCCCUCAAUUUCUUUUCUGUCUAGUUUCCUUCAAGCCUCAUUCUCUGCCCUUGUCCAUACCUUCCUUUCUUUCCUUCUUGGCUUGCCCGUUCACCCUCCCUGGUUGCUGCCUCAAAACAGAGCAUUCAAAUGAAUUCGCUUAGCCAAUAACUUCUGUGAAGUUGCCUUUUCUAAUGGUGUUAUUACUCAGUGAUGCACAAAUGUGAUAUUGCCCCUACUGGUAGGCAAACGAGGGAUCUGUAUAAACAUGGUAAACUGCUGUUUUUCUUUAAAGGAGAGCCAAAGACUUGUGCUUUACACUUUUAUUUUUCCCUGGUGUAGCCAUUUGAUUGUCAAAACUUUGUAGGGUUUUGUGAGUUGACUGUAUUAUCCUAAUAGAUAUUUUAAAAUCUUAACAAUUGUCAAGCCUUAUCCAUGCAUUGUAUUGUGGAAAAUCAUUCCAUGUAGUCAAACAAUUUGCGAUGUACUGAGAUGUAUCUCGGGUAUUCUGACAUGUUUUGUCUCUUGCGUGCUCUCCCAGCUGCUCAAGUGGCUCAUUUAGAGUGGGAAAAGAAACAGAAACAUUGUAUAAUUGUAGAAGACUUGUUUAAGUUUAAAUUGACUUGAAUACUGAUUUAAAUUAUCUUUAUUUUCAGUAAAAGAUAAAUCUGUGCUACAAAUGCGACUAUUGAACCCUUUGGAACUGAAAAGAUACGUCAAGCUAGCAUUAAAUCAGAUGAGUAGGAAGCAAACCCAUAUGACUACAUUGUUUCAUGACAGCAAGAAUGAGGCAAAAUCCUUUUAGAAAGGACUAGGAAGGAGGCUUCUCACUGGCAGUAGUGUAAGUUCACUUGCAUUUCCCUUCCUUGAUCUACCUGAAAUUCUUACAGACUGUCACUCAGGUAUUUGGGUUCAGAGAGAGAUCUGUGAGGAGCGUAACUCCUCUCUGCCAUUUCCACUUCUAAUCUGAGCUAUAAGGAAGCAAACUACAAGAUAGUUUCCCAAAGGACCGCAGUAUAACCUAGGUAUUUCACACCUACUCGUAUGGUCCAACAAGUUCAGAACUGAUAGUCAGGAGGCUCAGCAGCAGGAGUGCUGACUCAUCUUCCCUGUUCUGAAGUGGGAAACAAAGAAAACCCGUAUCAGCAGCAUGCAAGUUCUGUGUGUGUCCAUGUGAAUAUGAAGUAUUUGUAGUCUUGGAUAUUCGGAUUUGGUUCAUUUUUACAAAGCAUCACUUCCUACUCUGAGCUUAAAACAAAAAAAAAGGAUCAAUAGUGUCAGCAGCUUAACAUUUUGUAUGACAACAUAUUGAUUUCCCUGGGUAAAAAAAAAAAAAAGGAAGCAAAGUUCUUGAGUUGUCUCAAGAUGUGAAUUGGAAAGACCUUCUGCCUUGCUUGUAUAAAGUCUGAAUUUGAGGAGAGUGAGUUCGGACCCUGGCACUAGAACUCGGAUGGCUGCUGCUUGUGGUCCCUGAGCACACAGUCUGUGUAGCACAGAUUGAUCUCUUUCUCAGAUCAAACAUAGUGGAAUGUCAAACACUUCAUUGGGGAUUCUGUUUUCCACACUCACCUGUUACCAAGUGCAUUAAUUCCUAUUGAAAGGAGGAAGAAAGAGGCUGAAGAGUAAAUCAGCUCAAGUUAUGUAAGUAAGCAAUUUGGGGGAAUGUUAUCCCAGCCAAGUCCCUUUACCUAGUUAAUAGAUGGUCUUUAUUCUUACGUAUGGAGGAGAAACUAACAGCUCAGUGUAGUCACAGUGUGUGAGGCACUUCUUGUGGUGCAGGUAGAGCCUUGAUUAGCAGGUAAAGGAGAACAAACUGAAUAGUGAUUGAUUGAUUUAAUUUUUUUAUGGCAAGAGUAACAUCAUGUGGUGGAAACUCUGAAUGCUAUUAUAAGUUGUGAGGGUGCAGGGUUGUUUUGUUUUCCUGAAAAUUCCUAAUAAAAAGAGCAUAUGGGAAUUUCAAUUUAUAUUUUUCUCCUGCAUCCUCUUCUUUCUACAUCAGAAACAUCCCAGUCAUUAGAAGCUCGAAAGCUGUGACCAUACUAAUAAAACCUGGAUGCCUUGUAGCUUAGUAACUUAGUAAAAACGGCAGUAACAAGGUGGUGCAGUGUGUCUGAAAGAAACCACAAUGCAUUACAGGUAAUGGGAUCACAUGUGAAAUGUGAAUGGGAGAGAAUAUACAUAUAUAUGUGUAAGGAGAAAAACAGACCUUGUGGAGUAUUUGAUGUUUAAGAAAUUAUUUGUUUCUUUGUAACGUUCAAUGGAUUUAUCAAUAGUUCUGUGGCAGGCAGUACUCACAAGUCUUUGGCAUCCAAACCGGAUUGUGUACUGGAUGAAUCCCACAACUGGACCUGUGCACUGACCUCUUUUAUUUCCAGCUUUUUAAAAUGAAACUUGGUAGCAGCACUUUAUAAAUGUAAAAAGCAACAGAGUGGAAACUCUGUUUGCAUCGCAGCUGCUACACAGUUUACAAUUGGCCCCUUUUAUCCACAGCUCCUUCUGUAGGAAGCUGCUGUAACGUGGGCAAAUCUAGCACAACAAAUGGCUUGGAUUUUAUAAUUUUAAGGAGUUCCCAUUAACCCCUUUGGCCUUUGCUUGCUGUGUAAGCAGCCUCUGUGCUAAGAGGAGCUUUCCUUGAAGUCAGCUUAGCAACUGUGCUGUAACUUGAUUGUUUUCCCCUUUUUCUAUACCCAGUAGAAUAGUGUCAGGAGCUCCUUCCCCGUUCUAUUUGUUGCUAUGGGGAGGAAGAGGUGAGGCAAAGCAUGCGUGAGAAGAGGGAGGAAGAGUUACAGGAUGGUCAGUGCAACAGCUCCCACUCCCUCUUGGAAAUAUCUGCUUCCAGUUGUGGGAUUUCUCUAUUGAUGACUUUUUCUCUUGUAUUUUUUUAAGCCUAGGUUGUUUUUUUGUUGAUCUUGUUAGUUCUGUACCAGUCUCCCCGAGACAUACUGCAGUCAUUAUCACCUUUUUGGGUGGAGUUUAUUUUUUGGUUUGUUUGGUUUUUGUUUUUUUAAAUAACUUUUUAACAUUGGUGCAUAUAUGCUUGGGAUAGAGCUCAUGUAAUUUUCCAAUCGUAUUGAUUGUAUGUGAUUGUGCCCUGCAGAGGUAUAUUUAACAAAAAAUAAAGAGGAUAGUCUAGGUAAUAAAAGGAGACCAUGAGAUUUGUUGAGUCAGGUUAUGAACUAUUUCUUGAACUAUUUCUUUAGGCUUUUGGAUAAGUGAAAUUCCUUGUCUGCUGUUCUCAUAAGUCGAUGCUAAACAAAGCGUCAUUAUUCCCAUUUGUCAAGCUGGUUCUUUUCUUGCUUUUCUUCUCCCCCUGUUUUUCUUCCUUUCCUGCUUUGCUUCCCCAUCGAAGAAAUAAUAGUUCUGAAGCCUUAUGUGGCUGGCUGGCUGUUGGAGUGGUUUUGUGACUAUGUGUUGUGUGUAACUGUUGGAACGCUUUCAAUAGGAGUAGAGAUGGAGUAGAGCAUAUGAGAAGAAUUCCAUAAAGUGAAUUCUUUGCAAGUUCAGGGGAAGCUGGAAGCCUUGUACACACACUGGGCCUGCAAGGCACCGUGAUACCUCUCCUUGAAACAUUAGAUGCUUUGCUGCCUUUUGGGAAAACCCAGAUGACUAAAGGAGUAGAAGAGGUCACUGUGUCUGUCUUUACUCCUGCAAUAGACUUGUUAUAGUGGGAAGAACAGCCCGCCAGGCAUUAUGCUGUAGUAGGACAGAGCAGGCUGAAGGAGGCAAAAGGCAAGGAAGGUCCAGAGGUCUGAAAGUCAGUAUUUGUUUCUUCCUUAAAUUACAGAGCCAACAGUGUCACUUGUAUUAAAGAGCAAGGAAGCGGAGACCUAUUGUGUGUGCAUGAUGGUGACAUAAAAAAAGCCAUAUGUUGAAAUGCUGUUUCCUUUCCUCUUCUUCACUUUGCUUUUCUCCCUGUUCAAGCUGGCUUGGCCUCACCUUGCUUCCACACAGUGUCUGAGAGUCCUUUGAGUUGCAGAUCCAACAAACUCUUGAACCGGUGGAAAGAUGGUGAUUCACUACUUGGUCUGUAAAUAGAUGGAAGUGUCUACAAGGUCUUAUCUGCUUUUCUGUCAGCAUUUAUAUUAAAUGAUAAAGUAAUGGAGAACACUGAAA